AGGAUGCCCGUGAACUUAGUAUACCUUUAUUCUUUUUGAAGAAAAAUCCACCUUGUGUAAUCCCCCCCCCCACCUGUAAGGAGAUGGUGACCUUCCGGGACGUGGCGGUGGCCUUCUGCCCCACGGAGUGGGAGAUGCUGCAGGACUGGCAGAGGCAGCUGCACUGGGAGGUGAUGGCGGAGAAUUACCGGAUGCUGAUCUCCUUGGGAAAUGAUCUCUACCUUCUUUCUUCAAACGGAACGUUCUGGAACAUGUCGGAUGGCAAAAGCACCCCUGAGGAGCCCCAGAAAGGCCCAGCAAAGGGAUCGGCCGGGACCCCCCUCCUGCAGAGCCCUGAGCAGGAAACAGGCCACAAGGAGGGCUCCGUCUCAGAAGAGCCCCCUUUGUGCAGGGAAGCGGACCAAGCAGGGGGCCAGUAUCCAUGUCCCCUCUGUGAGCAGCGCUUCAAGGGGAAGAAGGACCUUGAAAGACACCAGAGGAGCGUCCACCUGGGGAUUAAAAAAACCCAGGUGUGUGCAGAGUGUGGGAAAGCAUUCAGGAAAAAGUUUGAUCUCCAGAUCCAUCAGAGAGUCCACACAGGAGAAAAACCCUUUCCCUGUGAGGCAUGUGGGAAAUCUUUUCGGCAAAACAGCAAGCUUAUUGCCCACCAAAGAAUCCACACCGGGGCGAACACCUGUGUGUGCCAGGAAUGUGGGAAAAGCUUCAGCAGCAAAUAUUAUCUCAGGAACCAUCAGAGAAUCCAUGCAGGAGAAAAGCCAUUUCAUUGCCAGGUGUGUGGGAAAAGCUUCCGGACCAAGGACCAAUAUAGUCUGCAUGAGAGAACCCACACAGGGGUGAAACCUUACCUUUGCAGUGAGUGCGGGAGAAGCUUUGUGCAAAAAGGCAGCCUUGUAAGUCAUCAGAGAACCCACACGAGAGAGAACGCCUUCUGUUGCGAAGAAUGUGGGAAGACGUUUCGGGACAGGAAAUCUUUCAGCUACCACCGGAAAAUCCACAGGGGCGAGAAGCCCUUUCCGUGCCAACACUGUGGGAAGACAUUUCGGGACGGGGUCACUCUGGCAGCUCAUCAGAACAUCCACACGGGAGAGAAACCUUUUAUAUGCUCAUUGUGUGGGAAGAGCUUUAGGGACAAGAUGCAGUUGAAAUGCCACCAGAGAAUCCACACAGGGGAGAAACCCUUUGCUUGCCAGGAGUGCGGGAAAAUGUUCCGAGACAAACAAAGCCUAAAAUACCAUGUGAGUGUCCAUGCGGGAGAGAAGCCCUUCCCCUGCCUGGAGUGUGCGAAGGCCUUCAGAUGCAAGAGUCACCUGACGGUCCAUCAGAGAAUCCACACCGGAGAAAAGCCGUUUAUGUGCUGGUUCUGUGGGAGAAGCUUCCAGGAACGGAUGCAUCUCAGAGCACAUCAGAAAAUGCACCUGGAAGAGAAGUCCCACCUGUAAAAUUAUCUGGUGUUUUUCCAGCCUUCCUCAGCAGCACAAAGCUGUAUUUCCGAAGUAGAGGUUGGAAUGAAUGGACGGCGGCGGGGGGCGGGUACGGAAUUUCCCCUUGAGUAGGUCCAAAGCUCUGUGGGUUCCAUUUUAGUGCUCCAUGAACUAAAGUGAGUGCCGAUUUCUUUCAAGGGUUGCAGAAUUCGCCGUUGUGAUUUCUGCAACAACCCCACCUUUAAAAGAUGUGUAGGUUUAUUUUUAUUGGGUGAUGGAGCGUUGUUGGUGGUGGGGAUUUAAUAUCUAACUUUCUGGUCUUUCAUUGGGCACUGCCUUGUGAGAAGCAGCAUAUACCUUUGAAAAAGAAGCAAAAUUGCCAUCAGCUGCAAUAAUAGCUUCUACACAUUCAGCCCAGUGAAUGUGUUUAAAGGUAAAGCGUGCCGUCAAGCUGAUUUCGACUCCUGGCGCCCACAGAGCCCCGUGGUUGUCUUUUGGUAGCGGCCCACACCACAUCUGGUGGCAGUGAAUUCCAGGAGCAGCUCGUCCUAAGGAGCGGGUGGGGGGGGGCAAACGAGGUGCAGCUGCCUCUUGUUCCCGGCGGCUCUGGUCGCUCCCCUCUUCCCCAUUCCGCCCUGCCCUGGCAGCAAGGAGAGCCGUGCUGCCUGCAGGCUGGCCAUCCCUCAGGUAGAGCUGUGCAGGCAGCGCAGCAGUCUUGGGCGGGGUGGGAGAGGGAGCAACUGAAGCUCCAGGGAGCCAGAGGCAGCUGCGCUGAGUUUGGCCCCCCUCUGACUCCAUAGGAUGAGCUGCUACUGGUGAAUGCCGUAUCUCGUGUGUUUUGUUUUAUGUCUUGUUAUUGGGUAAGUCUACAUCCACCCUGUUGCUGUUCUCAGUGCAGCUUGCAACCUACUUUCCAAGUACCAACGUUUCAGUCCCCCCAAGGGCUCAUAAUCUAUGUGAUUAUAUGGCUUGGAGGUUUAAAAAACAUUGUAUUUUUUAUUUAUUUUUAAAAAAUAAAUCCA